AUGUGCUUGCCAAUGCGUGGGCGAAACACAAGACACAUCCCCAAGGAGCUAGGAGCUCUAACAAACCUGGAGAAACUUUGGCUGCAACGAAAUCAGCUCACCGGUCCUGUUCCGAAGGAGCUCGAACACCUCAAAGCCCUGACUACCCUGGAGCUCCAAAACAACAGCUUGGAAGGUCCUAUUCCGAAGGAGCUGGGAAACCUCAAAGCCCUGACGAUCCUCAGACUCGGUAACAACAACCUGGAAGGUGGCGUCCCUGCUGGGGUUCGAAAUAUUGGCGCCCUGAUCACUACAGACGUUGGGCUGAUUGAGCGUCAAGGCGGUGUGGACCGCUCCAAGGACGAUGGGACGGGCCCUGCAUUGGUGGUCGGUGGAAGGUCCUCCAAACCGGCAGACGAUUUACGCACUUCCAUGGACUGCAUCCCCCAAGCAACGGCGGUGCAGGAACCCAACGAACGCAGAAUGCGUGGAACUAUGGGUCAACGGACCGCCAAGAAAGUUACUAUCGUUGAAAACCUGGAUAGUAAGGACACUCCAUGGGUGGGAAAGGGUGGCGGCGUGCUCGUUUCGGUUCCAAUGAAUGCCCAUUGGGCUUUCGAUUGGGGGUUCUAUCAUGGCAUCGGGCCGAUAACGGUGCAAGAGGCUGCCGAGGUGGUGAAAGGGAGCGACGACUCCGUGUGCGUCGUGUUGCAGGCAGUACAUUGCCGUCCGGCUGGAACGACGUUUUUGGAGCCACUGACGCUAGACUUCGCCGUGAGGGAUGGUCAUGUGCGGUGGUGGGACAGGGCGGCCGUAUACGAGGACGUUCUGCGGGAAUAUCAGGUACCAAAGCACCAGCAGCGGGUUCUUGCAGUUUGUAAAUUCUCUGUUGGUUCGGCUGAUGCAACCUUCGCUGGAUCCACGUUCGUGUUCACGUUCACAUGUUAA